UGUAUAUAAGAGUUAGAUAAAUACACGAUUCGGAUAUUUUUUAUCUUUGUAAUUCUGUGUGUUGGACUGUUGACUAUUGAAGUAUCUUUCUUUUAUUAACUUUUAAAAAUAAAUAAUGAUUGCAAACAUAUUAUUACUUUUUCUUGCUAUAUCUAUAAAAGAUAUUUAUGCAAUGAAGCCAAUUUUAAUUGUUCAUGGGGGUGCAGGUGAUAUAGCCCAAAGCAGAGUGCAGGGCAAACUGGAUGGCGUGAGAUUAGCAGUGAGGGAGGGCUACAGGGUGUUGCAGCAUAAUGGUAGCGCUCUUGAUGCAGUUGAAGCAGCUGUUGUAUCUAUGGAGAAGGAUGAAAACUUUAAUGCAGGGUAUGGCUCAGUAUUGAAUCUGGCUGGAGAAGUGGAAAUGGAAGCAAGUAUAAUGAGCGGUGAAAAUCUGGAUGUUGGUGCGGUGACAUUAAUAAAAGAUUUUCUUCAUCCUAUUAGCAUUGCUUAUAAGGUUCUUACAGACUCACCUCACUCAUUGAUUGGCGGACAAGGUGCUAAACAAUUUGCUUUAGAUAAGGGCUUCCCAACAGUGCCUCAAGAAUCAUUGAUAAGUGAAAAUGCUCAAGCUGCAUUAAAAGAAUUUUUGGAGAAUGGUGGAGAAUUUGGAAAAACAGAAAUUGGUGUUGCAGAGGGUGGUGUUGGUACAGUGGGUGCUGUAGCAAUUGAUGCCAAUGGACAUAUAGCCGUAGCUACCAGCACAGGUGGCAUGACUGGUAAAGUGGUUGGUCGUAUUGGAGACACACCACAAAUUGGCAGUGGCACUUAUGCUGAUGACAAUAUUGGAGGUGUCUCUUCAACAGGUCAUGGAGAAUCUAUACUAAAGGUCUGCUUGGCACAUAGUAUUAUAAAACUAAUGGAGAGUGGAGUUGAUGCCAAUACAGCUACAAAAGAGGCAGUUACAGCUAUGACAUCACGUUUGAAAAACACAGCUGGUGCAAUUACUUUAUCAAAGGACGGUGAUGUCGGAGUAUAUUUUUCAUCUAAGAGAAUGUCUUGGGCUUAUAUUAAAGAUGAAAAAUUGUUCUACGGCAUUGAACAUGGCGAAGUUCUUGAGGAGAAUUAUGUUAAGUGAUAUGCUGCUUAAAAAAACAGAUGUAUCUUAUCAUACUUUUUAUUUUAUGCAAAUAAGUGAGAAAUCGAAUUUACUAUAUAAUAGAUUAUAUAUUAUGAUUGUUUUAUUUGAAGUUAUUUAAUAAAAAUCAUUUAAUGGACUGAUAAA